CCGCAUAACCCCACUUUUCUAUUCCCCAAUUGCCUAAAUAUUCCGGCAACAAGUACCUCUCGCGCUGGGCCUUGUCCAAGAAGACAUAAAAGGGGAAGAGAUGCCGCUUACUGACAUGCUUCUCAUUCAUCCGUGCCUCUCAUUCAGCAGCUUCAUCGACCAUCGUUCAACUGUGCUACGUUCGAUCUCAUAUGUAAUACAGUCGCUGUGCCCUCACUCUAUUUACAACCCAACCAUACCUCAAACCCAGCACACUAUAUCGUACGGAAAUGAGUCCCUCGAUCCCGGAAGAGACAACCGAGGCCCUACUGACGGUGCAGCCCGUGUCUAUCACCAAUGACAACUUUUCGCGUUGGGGCCAAGUUGUGCGCUUGCCGGAUGCAGAUCCCAAUGCCGUCCAGGUUAAUCAAGGCACUGCCCAAAAGUUCUCCCACCUAGCCGAGUUCGUCAAUUUGCGUCCGCCUGCGACGGAUAGCGCGAACCCCAACCCAUCAUUGGCAUCUGCGGCCGCCAACAUCGCCAUAUUUAAAUGCUACAAACCCGUCACUACACCUCAGUUCCCAAUCAGGCUGCUGGAGCGUCACCCGUACUCCUCGCAGAUGUUCAUGCCCAUGGGAGGGGAUGGAAACGGAAGCUAUGUUGUUGUCACCGCAGAGAAUGGACCUGACGACAAACCAGUGCUGAGCACAAUGCAGGCUUUCAAGUGCAACAACACCUUGGGAAUCAACUACAAGCCUAACGUAUGGCAUCACCCUAUGAUCGUGAUUGAGAAGCCGGUCCAGUUCAUGACCAUCACGCACGAAUCUGGGGUACCUCUAGAGGACUGUGAAGAGUACUGGUUCACAAAGGAGAGUGGAUCCGAAGGAGGUGCUGCAGCUUUGAUCCAGCUGGUGUAGUCAAACAU